AUGCAGCUCCUCGCCCUUGUUCUCUUCGUCACGGCCACCUUGGCCGCCGCCAGCACAGAGCAACAGCCCUUCCGCAGACAGGUCGGCUCCAACUCGACGCUUGUUGUCGUGCAAGCGGCUGAGACUGGUGCCUUCCGCGCAGGCGCCCCCCUCCCAACAGACGGCCUCGGCGCCGGCCGCUUCGCAGGUGACAGCGGAUCUGGCUUCUUCGAGGUCUCGGGCGCGCCCAGCUCAACAUUCACCGCAAUUGGAGGGUUGCUGGGCGUGGUUAGUGCUGUGGUAGGCGGUGUUAUGCUGCUCUAA